AUGGAUCGUAGGCCUGAUGACAACCGGGAUAAUCGCAGAGAAGGGGCAGAGAGGCAAGCACCUCCUCCACCGUACAGAAGGGAAGUUCAUAUGAUUUGCGGAGAGAACGGGAUGCCCACGUCAAAUCGGGCUAAAAAACAAGUCGUCAGAGCAGUGAAGUCAGGAUAUUACCACAAGCAGGUUAUGGAGGUUACAACCGCGGCAGAAGAGCUGAUGAUCACCUUUGGGGCAGAGGAUCUACGUACAUUAAUGUAUCCGCACGAUGAUGCACUGGUUAUUAUGGAAGAUAUUGCCGGCUAUAUCGUUCACCGUGUCUUCGUAGACUCGGGCAGCGCGGUGAACAUCUUAUAUUGGGAGUGCCUUCAAAACAUGGGAAUCGACGUUCACAUUGAGCCAACGAAUGCCCCUUUGUUUGGGUUCGGAGGAGAAAUGGUCAUGCCUCUGGGUUAUGUGGAGUUACCGUUAAAUCUCGGCACUACGGCUGCUAAUAGCAAAACUAGGAUGGUGCGGUUCUUGGUGGUUGACAUGCCAAAGCCCUCCUACAAUGUGAUACUUGGCCGGCCUGCAUUGAUGGCGUUCAGGGCACGGGAAAGAGUGACAGAGGGACUGGAUACACGGAAGAAGGGGAAGGUGGGCGAGGUGAAUGCUUCGGCAGAGGAGCGUCAGGAAUUGGCAGACGUAUUGAAAGACAGGGACAGUACAGAAAAAAUCGCGCUGGUGUCUACUAGUGAUGUUUGCAACAUGAUCGAACUGUUUCCAGGAAAAGAGGGUUUUCAGACCAAAAUUGGGUCUAACAUGAGUGAUCAAGUCAGAGACGAGCUCAUUGUUUGCUUGCGCAGAAAUGCAGAUGUGUUCGCAUUCAGCACCGCCGAUUUGAAGGGAAUCGACAGAGGGUUGGCAGAGCACUGCCUUAAUGUGGAUCCUAAAAUCAAGCCAGUAAAGCAACGAACAAGGAAUUUUGGGGCCGAGAAGGACGCUGCAAUAAGGGAGCAUGUCUAUGGGUUGCUGGAAGCAGGGCACAUCGUGGAGGUGCAAUAUCCAGAAUGGAUUUCAAACGCGGUGAUGGUACCAAAGAAGACAAAUAGUUGGAGGAUGUGCGUAGAUUUCAGAGAUCUGAACGCCGCUUGCCCGAAAGAUCACUAUCCUCUGCCGAGGAUUGACCAGCUGGUAGAUUCCACUUCGGGGUGUGCUUUACUAUCCAUGAUGGAUGCAUACCAGGGAUAUCAUCAGGUGAAGAUGAAUAGGGGAGACAUCGCCAAAACGGCUUUCGCCGUCUGUUGUGGGGAGCUACGUAUCAGCGGAUGA